ACAACUCGGUAGUCCCGAGUCAUAUUAAAGAUUCGUUCAAAAUGAACGAAUCGUUCAUGAACGACACAUCACUAAAAUCGAUGCGAAUCGCCAAAAAAAGGAAGAAGACGUGCUUGAAACGGCUUUGGCGAUACCAAUCAGUACGCGGGAGAAAGUAUCCAUCUAACAGUUAUCCAAUUUGAAGACAAUUCUUGAUAGUUUGGCAGAUGACACAGGGAGCCAUUCAGAGGUUUUUUACAAAAUUAACCGAUGAUACCACUGAAAGUGAGGGUUUAAGCAAGGAGAGGUCAGAGGACAGAAUCAACCAGCAGGCAGCUGAGGACCAGGGUAGCCCAAACCCCUCUUCACCAGCUCUAUGUGAAGGCACAGGCUCAGAUGAUGACAGCCAGAAUGAGAGCGAACCUGAUGACUUCAACCCACAAUCUCCAGAACCACCCAGACCAGAGUCCCCAGAUAGUGCUGCUUCCAAUGACAUUUCCCGAUGUCUAGCAGAGGGCUCAGUGCAGAGAAGUUGUGCUGCUCCACCUGGACCUGAUGACAUUUCCCAGUCCAGAGCAGAUGGUCCAGUGCAACCUGUCCUCAAGGUUUUCCCCAAGACACAGCACAGGAACAGGAAGAGAGCAUUCAUUGAGACCUGGUACAAAGACUUUACGUGGCUGGAGUAUUCUGUCUCUAGAGACUCUGUUUAUUGCUACCCUUGUCGCCACUUUUCGCUCCCAAAUGCCCCAAUGUCUAUAUUCAGGUCAGAAUCAGGGUUCUCUAAUUGGAAAAAAGCACUGUGCAGAAAUGGUGGCUUUAGAGAUCAUUGCAAAUCAGAACAUCACAGAAGUGCUGUGUUUGCUUAGACACAGCACAAAUUAGUCAUUGAAAAAAAAACCUCCAUGAUCGAAUCAAUAAACAAAGAAAGGGAAAAAAAAAGAGUUAGAGAGAACCAGAUAUAUAUCAAAACCAUUGCUCAGGUGCUGCUCUUAACAGCUGUUCAAAAAAUUUCUCAGCGUGGACACAGGGAAUCUGAAGGCUCGGAUAACCCCGGCAAUUUCUUAGCCAUCUUGGAUGCAAUUGCACAGCACGAUUCAUUAAUUGAGAAACGCAUCAAUGCACAUGGGAAUGCAAAAUACACCAGUAAGAACAUUCAAAAUGAAAUUUUAGAAACGCUUGCAGAGAUGGUUUAACUUGACAUAAUCAAGGAAGUUAAACAAAGCGAGGUCUUCAGCAUAAUCGUAGAUGAAACAAAAGACCUGCAAAAGAAAGAGCAGAUGUCUUUUGUUGUGAGGUAUUAUUAUAAUGGUACCAUCAAUGAGAGCUUUCUUGACUUUGUGAAUGCCGAACAGCUUGAUGCAGCAGGUCUAAGUAGACUGAUUAUAAAAUGCUUGGAAAAACAUGGGCUGGAGUAUCGUAGCAACCUCGUUGGACAGGGCUACGAUGGAGCUGCCGUCACGAGUGGCAAGCACUCUGGCGUUUGCACAAGAAUUCAAGAGGUAGCAAAAUAUGCCUUUUAUGUGCAUUGUAAGGCUCACUGCUUAAAUCUUGUGAUUGUGGAUAGUGUUAAAUCAGUGACUGAGGCAGGUUGCUUUUUUUCACUCAUGCAGAAAUUACAUAAUUUUCUAUCAGGAUCUUAUGUGCACACAAAAUGGCAUGACAUACAGAAAGAGAUGUAUGGUGGUCAACCCCGUGAAAUGCCUUCAUUAAGUGACACCAGGUGGGCUUGCAGAUUUUCAGCCUGUCGCAAUAUGCUUGAUAGACUUCCAGCAGUGUACCGUGUUCUUCAGCAAAUUGGGCAGGAAAAGGACGGUGAUCGGGCAACAGAUGCUCGUGGUUUAUUAGCUCAACUUGAUGUUAGUUUCAUUGGUGUUCUAGUGACAUUCAACAAAGUCCUGGGACAGGCCAAAUUUUUGUCUGACAUGUUACAGUCACCCUCACUGGAUCUAGCAGCAGCAGUCACUCUUGUAGAAUCAUUGCUGGACACAUUAGAGCAAUACAGGAGUGAGGCCUAUUUUGAGGCUGAUGUGGAAAGAGGUUGAGGAAAUGGCUGUAAAAUGUGACCUCAGCUUGGAAAAGACUGAGAAGAGGCAGCCAAAGAUGAACACACGAUUGUGUGAUUACAUAAUAACUUCACCAUCUGGUGAGCGUAGAGUCAAUAAAGAUGAUGGGGAAAGCUUUAAGAGACAUGUGUACUACCCGGUGCUUGAUUCAAUGGCUGGUGAGUUGCAAAGACGGUUCUCUAAACCCAACUGCAAAAUUAUGAAGGGAAUUCAAGCACUUCACCAUCAAAGUGUUACCUUUUUACAGGAAGAGGCUCUUUUUUCCUUUGCAAAGAUUUUUGACUCAAAUGUUGAGGACUUGUCAAAUGAGAUGUAUCAGAUCAAGACAGUGCUGGAUAGGAAAGAGAAAAGUGGAAUGCAGAGAUUGACCACGCUCCUUGAAUUUGUUGCUUUUCUGGAGCCUUUCAAAGAGGUGUUCCAUGAGCUUUUCGGGCUUUGCAAGAUUGCUGUAGUAAUACAGUUAAGCAGUGCUUCUUGUUCUGGGUUUUAUGAAAAAACACUUCCCCGCCAAACACGGAAUUUUCCGGGUAUCCGUGUUUUAGGUGGUAUACGGUAAGGAAGACCCGCGCGCAUGUUUUGAAAGAGUACGCAACUCUUUGAUCAAAGAAACAGACUGCGAUCGUCUCAAACGUGAAGAAGUGGAACACCAUACUAAUACUAAAGCACUUGUUUGAUAAAAAUGCCUUUUUCUCAGCUUUUUGUCCGAAAUGUUGUUUUUGACAAAACCUACCUCUGUUCAAGUGGCAAUAAAAAAAGAACAAAUUAAGAUAAAUUAAAAUCGUCAGAUCUUUAUUUUGAUAUAUAGCAUCUUCAUAUAUUUUAUGGAAGAAAAUAUUCUGCGGGCCAUUAAAGUUUAGCGAAAAUCGUCAAAAACCCUGGCGGUGGCUGGCAACUUUUUUUUAAAAAACGCUGGCGGGGAAAGAGUUAAGCUGGGAGGUACAAGUUGUUGCUCCUACUACAGUAUGUUAAUGCUGCUUUGCAUGUUCAAAAUUGUUUAUAUCAUCAAA